UCGUCAUUAAACACCUGUCAGAAAAUAUUAUAAACAAACUAUACGAUACAGUGAACAAAGAAGAAUUUAAACAAAAUGUAAUUAUUCAUCUUCAGAACUCAACACAACAGGAGGUUACAUGAAGUUUAUUUAGCCUUAUUUGAGAUUUCAAAUCAACCGAGAAGCUUCAGAAGGGCUGGAUGUCUUGUCUAUGGCGACGAGGAACCAAAUGACACUGCGAUUUUUUAAAGUAAACGAAUUCUUUCAGCGAAAGCAAACGAUUUGGUGUUCAAGGAGACUGCCGAUCUUAUGUUCCCCCUGAAUUCAGCAAUUUGCACAAUAUCGCAAAUUUUUGUGCGCUCGCCAUGAAUUCCAAUCGACGUAUGGUGUUCUUUAUCGAGUGGGAUACGGACUUGAUCAAUUUUAUCAAGGGAAUCACGCUGUCGCCAUCGCUACGAGGGACUAUUGUUGUUCACAUAUUCUACCGACACGAUGUUUCGUGGAAAUCGCUUCCGAAGUACCAACCAUGGCUAUUUAAGCACCCUGCAUCCGUAGAACAGACAGACUCCGCUUGGAAAUUGCUGGAAUCGUAUGUAACUAGCUUUAAAUUUGAAGCCGACUAUACAUUAACGCCUGUUAAAAAAAGUAGGCCGAAAUGUGCAGCAAGUCUAUCCACCAGAGAUGGUUCGUUUGUCAACAGUGAUUCCAAUGCCACUCGUGCGUAUUAUGUCAUCUCAAAAUCGACGAGAGGUAACGAAGAACUCGCCAAAACCUUGUACAAAAAGCAACGUGUCAAGCUCGAAUUCGUCGAAUUUAAACCAGAAACAACAUUGCUGGAUUUUGUACAGUUCAAAUGUCCAUAUUGCUUUAUUGCUUUCACCGGGAAAACAGAACUAAACUAUCAUGACAGAGCGGUGCAUGGGUUUGUUUGCCCAAAUCAGGAAUGCAAAUUCAACAAAAAAGAAAAUUCAUUCCAACAGGAAAGUGACUUGAAACAACACAUUCAAGAUCAACUUCGCUGCCCUUUCUGUCCCACCAAGGUCUUCUGUUCUCCUGAUGUUCUCGAAAUUCACAAAAGAAACUCCCACAAGAAAUGUGCAUGCCCUUGCGGACGAUAUUUUGGAGACCGUUUGGAGUAUUUAGAUCACUUUUUCGCAGUGUACCCUUCACCAGCCUCCAUCUCUUCAUCACCGGCAGCAAGUGGAAUUCACAAUGGCAAGGUUGAGUCCGUAGAUAAUCGAAGUCCUAUACCAGGGAGUUAUGGUCGUAAAAAAGUAGCGGAAAAACACAGGAUAUGUUCUCCUGACAAGUCGGCUAUAUCUCCACUGAAUGAUAAUCAAACAGUAAACAGACCGGACAGUUGUAAUUUUGGAGGCUGUAUGGAGAACGCCGGGCACGACUAACUGAGGAACAACGUUGAUUACUUCAGAAAAUAGCCCAAAGAAAAUACGCGCGCUGAUUGGUUUAAAUCGUGUUUCUAUAUAUUAAACAAUUAGAUUAUUCGCUCUCGAUUUUUAUCGGGCUGCACCCUUGUCAACCAUCACAACUGAAUAGAAAUCGAGAGCGAAUAAUCUAAUUGUUUUAGUGUAAAUCUACUAGCUAGUCGUUCAAA